AUGCCGAAAAGAAAGAUAGAUGAUUCAGAGAUCGAUUUAGAUCUUUUAAAUUAUGUUUCUUCUGACGAGUCUCUUCGUAAUUCAGACUCAGAUGAUUUUAGUCCUUCAGAAUGGAGUGCAUCUGAUUCUGACUCAGAAUCAGAUUCUGUAUUGCAUACUGGUCCCAGCACAUCAUCAGGAACAACAUCUAUCACAUCAUCUUGGACGACAUCAAGCACUCAAAGCAGAGAGGAAUUCGAUUUCACCGGAGAUGAAGGCAUCAAAAUUCCAGUGAACAAUCCAGAAGAAAUUUUAGAAAUCUUUGAGUGCAUCGCAAAUGAAGAUAUCAUUAAUCACAUCACUGCAGAGACGAACAAACAUGCAGAAGAAGUAAUAUUGCAGGCAACACAAAAAGGGAUGAAAAAAAGAAGCAGAAUGAAUGACUGGCAAAGUACAACUGCGAACGAAAUCCGGCUACUUCAAGGUAUUUUUCUUUUGAUGAGUAUUGUAAAAAAACCUGAUUUACAGUCGUACUAUUGUAGAAAGCCGCUUUUAAAUACGCCAAUAUUUUACGAAACAAUGACAAAAGACAGGUUUAUCUUGUUAUUUAAAUUUUUACAUUUUUCUAGUAGUAAUGAUAAAACGGAUAAACUGUAUAAGAUUAGAGACUUGUUAAAUUUAUAUAGAAAUAGUUUUAAGAGCGUGUACGCACCGUCUAAAAGAAUAUCUAUAGACGAAAGUCUUCUUUUGUGGAAGGGUCGGCUAGGAUGGAGAAUAUAUGUUCCGCUCGAGAGAGCUAGAUUUGGAAUAGAGUGUUUCUUUCUUUGUGAAACCAAAACAGGAUACAUUUAUAGUUUCGCAAUGUACACAGGGAAGGGAACACAAUUUCCCAUAACCCUGACUGAUGUCGAUCCAUCAAAACAAUGCCACUCAACAAAUAUUGUCCUCUCCCUUAUGGAAGAUUUAUUAGAUAAAGGUUAUCAUUUGGGAGUGGACAAUUAUUAUAGUAGUGUAUACUUAUUCGAGUAUUUAGUACGUCAUUCAACAGAUGUUACUGGUACUGUAAGAAAAACAAGGAAAGAGUUGCCACAGGACGUUAUACUAAGUAAAUUAAAAAAAGGAGAGACAUCAGUCAGGUACAAGGAUAAACUGAUGAUGAUAAAGUGGAAAGACACGAAAGUGUCUUUCCACUUUUGAACUUAGGGGGGCGUCAUACGUUGAACUCUUUGUAAUGAGUUCAACGUAUGACGCUACUAUGAGAACUAUAAAAACAAAAAAAAAGACUAAUAAACAAAAACCAAGUGUGUGCAUUGAGUACAAA